AUGGUGCGGAGAUCCACCGUGAAAGUGUGCGUCAACGGUGGCAGCGUCUGGCACAAUGGCAUGGUUAGCCGCGCGGCGAUGCAGCCGGUGCAGCAGAGUGGUCUGGAUUGCAGCCUGCUGCUUUUCGUGCACUGCUCGUCUGCCUAUGCACCGCUUUUCGACGGUCGCAUGAGUGGCGAUGUGUUGUGGGCUUCUGUUUCGACGAUCUUGCCGUGGUAUUUGGACACUUGGCGGUGGCGUGUAGUCUUCUGGGCCACUGCCCCAGCACCGGCAAUACUGUGCAGCCUGGAUGGUGAACUUUAG